UUUUUGUUGUUUUAUUUUAUUUUAUUUACUUACAAAAAGCUGCCGUCAAAAACCGCGAAGGUUGCCAACGUGAGUGCAAAUUAUUACAAGUAACAAAUUGUUAACUAUCCUAUAACCCUUCCGAACGCGUUGUGUGCUAAACGCGUCUGUGUGCGCCGAGAGAUUCAGCCAUGUCUUGCUCUCGGGAUGCGCCUUUAAGGAUUCCUCCUCCGGCUUUCCUGAACUGACCUCUUCCCUUUGAAACCACUUCCUACCCUUCUCCCAAACGGCCAUGUUUAAUUUGACUCAUUCAUGAAAAGUUAUGUAAACACAACACUAAAGUGGUGAUCGCGAAAGCUACAUAGUGAGCGAUGCAGGAUUACUGAACUGUUGUGAUCGUCCGUGUGGAUGCACAUUUGUACAGCAGCAGUGGGAAUAAAGAAUAGCGCGUGAGGCAUCGGCAGGAGGUCAUGAGGAAAAAGCAGAAUGUGAAGAACAGGAAGGCAGAAGAGACGACGGUUGUCCAAGAGUUUGCAGUGGAGAAAAUCAUCCGCCGAAGAGUCACCGGUGGAAAAGUUGAAUACUAUCUCAAAUGGAAAGGCUUCACAGAUGCAGAGAAUACCUGGGAGCCAGAGGACAACCUGGACUGUCCCGAGCUGAUAGAGGAGUUUCUCAGAAACCUCACUGUCUCAGGAGAGACAGAACAAGAGGGGUGUCAGUCCCUAGACCAUGAGGUCCAGCCUAAGCAAGAGUUAACUCAACUGGAUGCCGAUAUGGCACACCAGGAGGAGCUCAUUAAGAUGGGUAAUGAAGAGGUUAAUGAUCACAACGCUGAGAUCCCAGUAGAUCAGUCAGGCAAUCCUGAACCAAACUGCAUCAUCGGAUGCACAGACCAACAAGGAGAGCUCAUGUUCCUCAUCAAGUGGAAAAACACAGACGAGGUAGCUUUACUGUCAGCCGGGGAGACCAGUAAAAGGUGGCCCGAGAUGGUAAUUCGCUUUUACGAGGACAAGCUGACCUGGCAUGGAGAAGACGAGCAGUGAGAGAGAAAUAUGUAGCAGUGGAUACUACUGUACCUCCUGGCAGCUUUAAACAUACACAAACACUGUGGCAUAAGUUUACUGUUUGAUGUAGUGUGUAUUCAACUCCACACUCCAGUGUAAAGCUCUUCCCAACACACUAACAUGUAGAAAUGUGACUGGAGUAUUAGAGCUGUUUAUACAAAUCCACAUAAGUGGUUAUUAAUCAGAUGUUGUUGUAUCUCUCGGUCUGUUGUGUGAAAGUUAAUUUGUGAUCAUUCUGUCAUCUUUGUUACUAUGAUCUGAACUGUGAUAUAUUACACAUAGGAGAUGAUGACAGAUGGUACAAUCCCUGCUUGAGAGGGACUGUUUGAUGUGUAGAUUACUUUCCGUUAUAUUAACCCCCUGAUUACACAAUUACUUAAGUUAUACUGUGAUGGAUCCUGUGAUCUGUAUGUGGCUCAUGCAGGAAUAAAUCUGUAGAUUCGCACAAAACUAA